AUGCACAGCCCCUCCUCGGCUUUGUCCUGUGACUCUGCGGAGAGCAUCUACAACCUGCUGUCUGCCGUGCAGGCGCAGGCAAAUGCGGACGAGGAGGAAAUAAAGACACGGCGUCUCCAUAUCGCCAACUGUGAACGGGAGAUGGAGCGGACAAACGAGGAGAUACGAUUUCUCUCUGAGCAGCAUGAGGAGGCACUUGACGAGGUGAGGGCGAAGCGACUACGCGGGGAGGAGCAGAAGUUACGCCAUGCGGGUGCGGUGGAAAUGCUCCAGUGCACACGGGAGGAGGUGGCGGGCGUGGUCGACGCGCUUUUUGCGUGCGAGCUGCCGCUCCACCCGGUGGCGGCGGCGGCCGGCGCGUCUUUUGAGACGCCGCAGGAGAGUUUGCCUCCGGCAAUGAUUCGCAGCGUCACAACGAGCCUGAAGGAAAAAAUCAGAGCGGCAACUGAGCAGCGGCAAAGUCAGGUUACAGAGCCGCAGCGUCUCUUCACCGCAGUGGCACAAGAGGCCAGUUUGGGCAAUGAUGCGGGCAAUGUCUUUGCAGUGCGCUUCCGACAAGAUGCAGCAUCAGAGGCAUCAUCCGAUCCGACCAACAACACCGCUAUUGUUAGUGAAUCUGCUGUUGUGGAAGUUGUCUCCUCUCCGUCCGAGCGCCCGCGGCGAAAAGUUAUCACAUUUAACGAUGCUCAGCUGGAGGGGCACAUCGAGAAGAAUCAUUCAUCCCCAUCAUCAUCAUCGUCAUCUACUGCCGCGCUAUCGGAAGCUCCUCCCAGAAAAGGUUUGGAGCAGCAGGAGGAGAUGCGUCCUGCUGCCGUUGUUUCGGUUUAUGGCGUGCUCAACAUGAAACGCCUUCCUCGACGAACAUUUUGGCAAAAGGAACCUCGCCUACAGAAAUAG